AUGAACUUGUUAGCGACAGGCUUGUGCCUUGUAUAUAGUCUGCGCCUUCAAGGUGUUAUUGAUGACCUUCUUGCACACAGGGUGGUCGUAGCCAGGAGAGUAUCAAACCGUCUCGUCUACAUGUCUACAGUUGAUACAGUCAAAGGAAAAAUGACCCAAGACCAAGAUAACCUUCGCGCCCGCUUCUGUCAUGCCCUCUCGGAAAUGUACAAAGCCGAAGUGCCCCUGUACGGGGACCUCGUCGACCUCGUCUGGCAAGCCGACGCAGAAGCCCUCCAGACCAGCCAGCGGCAGCACGGCAACACCACCCCAAUCAUCAACCCAGACGACAUCCUCCCCGCCCGAAACCGCGUCGAACGGCACGGCGCCAUCCGCCUCGGCACCGCGCGCGAACUCUCCACCAUCCGCCGCAUGUUCGCCGUCAUGGGCAUGCUCCCCGUGGGGUACUACGAUCUGAGCGUCGCGGGUUUCCCCAUGCACGCGACUGCGUUCCGGCCGCGCACACGCGAGGCGCUAGCCCGACAUCCAUUCCGGGUAUUCACGACUGUGCUCCGGAUGGAGUUGCUGAGCGAGAGGACGAGGGCGCUGGCUGAGCGGGCGCUCGCGCAGCGGGAGAUCUUCACCCCCCGGCUACUGGAGCUCCUCGAGCUAGCGGAGACAAACGGGUCGCUGAGCUGCAAAGAAUGCGACGAGUUCAUCGCUGAGGGGCUAGAGACCUUCCGGUGGCAUUCGCGGGCGGCGGUCACGCUGGAGGAGUACCGCAUUCUCAAGGCAGAGCAUCCCCUGGUGGCUGAUAUCGUCUCCUUCCCCAGCUGCCACAUCAACCAUUUGACCCCGCGGACGAUCGACAUUGAUCUCGUGCAGAGGAUGAUGCGUGAGCGGGGGAUGCCAGUUAAAGAACGCAUCGAGGGUCCACCGUGCCGUGUGAACCCCAUUCUCCUGCGUCAGACGAGCUUCAAGGCGCUGGAGGAGACGGUCUACUUUCGUGAUGCGGGGGGUGAGUACGUGAGGGGCUCGCAUACGGCGCGGUUUGGGGAGGUCGAGCAGCGGGGGUAUGCGCUGACGCGGAAAGGGCGCCGGUUGUACGAUCAGAUUCUUGCGAGGGUGAAUCGCGAGGCGGCUGGCUUGGAGCCGGUGGAGUAUGAGAGGAUCUUGAGGAAAUGUUUCGAGGAGUUUCCUGAUGAUCUGGUGCAGCUGCAGACGCAGAAACUGGCUUUCUUCUGUUAUCGGGUGGCACCGUAUGCCUUGCAGAGGAAAUAUCAGGGCGUGGAAUCUGUUUCGCUGGCGCAGUUGUUGAAGGAUAAUGUGCUCGACUACGAGCCCAUCACGUACGAGGACUUCUUGCCUUUAUCCGCUGGAGGCAUUUUCAAUUCGAACUUGGCCAACAUGUCGCAGUCCAAGCAACCGAUCAUGGAGGCUGAUGCUGAUGCUGAUCUGGAUGGAUUCCAACGGAUGCUGGGGGCUCCUGUGCUGGACGAAUUCUAUCUGUACGAGCAGAUCCAGCAGGAGAGUUUGGAGACUUGUUGCCAGCAGUUGGGAAUUGGAUCGAUUGACUGA